AUGAUGAUAUCACCAACAGUUUCAUCACCAUAUCCAUAUCCUUCACCAAGGGACUUGUCAUCACAUGUGACAAAGCCAUUACCUUUUCGUCCAUCUAUAAAUACUCAAUCAAAUACACAUCAUCAUAUCAAUCACUUUGCAUUGGAUAUUGGAGGUUCAUUGGCAAAGUUAGUAUAUUAUGUUGACAACAACAAUAAUAAUAGUGUAAUCACUGGCAAUAAUGAUAUAGAGGUCAUCAAAGAACAGACUGGUAGUGGAAUGCUCCACUUCAUCAAGUUCGAGACGACAAACAUCGAAGACUGUUUGAACUUUAUAAUUGAUAACAAACUUCACUUGGAGAAUGGAAAGCCAAGGGAUGUAAGAGUGACCGGUGGAGGAGCUUAUAAAUAUGCUGAACUGUUCGAGAUGAGAUUGGGAUGUAACUUGAUCAAGGAGGACGAGAUGUUGACUUUGAUCAUUGGUACAAACUAUUUGUUGAGGUCAAUUCCCAACGAAUCAUUCUCUUACUCGCCAGUGUUGAACAGUCCAAUGCCAAAACAAUAUGCAGAGACGACAGAACAUCAAUUCCCCUACCUGCUGGUGCAGGUCGGCUCGGGAGUCAGCGUGAUCAAGGUGGACAGCGAGACAAGCUUUCAAAGAGUGGACGGUACCAGCUUGGGCGGCGGCACGUUCUGGGGUCUGUGUAGCCUGCUCACGGGCUCCACCAACUUUGAUGAGAUGGUGGACUUGACAAUACGCGGCAACAACAGGAAUGUGGACCUGGCCGUGGGCGACAUCUACGGCACAGACUACUCAAAGAUCGGUCUGUCGGCCGAGGCCAUCGCCAGCAGCUUUGGCAAAGUGAUACAUCAGAAGGACAACAAUGGAUCAUUUAGGAAGGAGGACAUUGCGCACAGUCUUCUCAAGAUGAUCUCCAACAACAUUGGCCAGAUCGCCUAUCUCAACUCCAAGAUACACUGUCUGCACAAGAUAUACUUUGGCGGCUUCUUCAUUCGCGACAAUCCAGUCACCAUGCAGAGGAUCAGUUGUGCCAUCGACUUUUGGUCCAAAGGCAAGACCAAAGCAAUGUUCCUCCAGCACGAUGGAUACCUAGGUGCACUUGGUGCCUUUGUCUCUGCCAAGCAGUUGGACAAAGUGGCUCAAGAUCCUGCAUCCUCUGCCAAUGUA